CAUUUCGAAAAUAUAAAAACGAUUAUUUUCCAGAUCUUAAUCAGCUGGGUGAUCUUCAGGUUAUACAUGCUUUAAUUCGCAAGCUCAGGAUCAGGCCUGCAGACUUUGACAGACAGACAACAGUUGCAGCGGGCUGGGCUCACUCUGCUAAAGGAAUUUCUCAGUGGAGUUGGCUGGUCAAAACAAGCUGUAAAAAGCCUGUGAGAAUGACAGACAUGGAAGUGCAUUUGGAAGGGAUAUUUGAACAAAACAUCACGUCCAUUUAUGAGGACAGUUAUGAAUACAAGGAUGACUGUGAUCCCGAGGAGGGAAUGCACUGGAAGCCGAUCUUCCUUCUGUGGUUGUAUGUCCUGUCGUUGGUUCUGGGCAUACUGGGAAACGGCCUUGUCUUUUGGAUUAUGGCCCAGAUGAGACGGAGCUGGAACUUGACAGACACCUUCAUCCUGCACCUGGGUGUUGCUGACUGCCUGCUGCUGCUCACGCUGCCGUUCAGGGCAGCUCAGAGUCAGACCUUUCAAUCUCAGGAGUGGAGCUUUCAGCAGCCCCUCUGCAAAGUCACUGGUGCCAUCUUCAAUAUUAACAUCUACGGUGGGGUCCUCCUGCUGUGUGGAAUGAGUCUGAUGUCCUCCCGCAAAACUUCCUGGGUGGGUCACGUGACCUGCGUGUGCUUCUGGCUCUUCUCCACCCUCCUCUCCAUCCCCGACUGGUUGUUCCUAGGUGUCGUCACCAGCCAGGGCAGAAUGAAGUGCGGCCCUAUCUACCCGAUAGACUCCUGGCACCUGACCUCCCGCUUGAUCUACCACGCGGCUGGCUUCCUGCUUCCCUUCGCCGUCCUCCUCUACUGUUACUCCUGCAGACUGCUGCGGUUGCAGCGCGGCUCUCAGGGACUCCAGAAGCACAGGGCUUUUAGGAUCAUCCUGGUCCUGGUUCUGGUCUUCUUCCUCUGCUGGACGCCCUAUAACAUCACCCUCAUGGUGGAAACCUUCAGUGUGAAACCAGCGGAGCCUUCGGAAGGAUCCUGUGAGCAGAGAAGGAUAGAGACAGUUGUGGAGGUCACGGCUGCCUCUUGCUGUUUUCGCGCCUCCCUCAAUCCUUUGCUGUAUUUCUUGGUGUGCGGGAACUUUAGGUGGGUGGUGUUGCAGAAGCUAAGGAGACAGAGAGGGGCUCCUAACAAUAUGUUUCUGUGGGAUUCAUCUGUGACGGAGCAGACUUCACUCGAGGAGAAUGGGGCCUUGAACCAAAGUCGUUUUCAGCAUGGGCAGUCCAUCCACUGCUGACCUGAAGGGUGGAAAACAGAAACCCUAUGACUAACAGUGACAGAGGUUAAUCAUACUGGGUCUGCACUUUAGGUGAUGUCAGAGGGUCAUGGGUCCAGUGAGUGGAUUGUCGCUACUAUGUCUCAAUGACAGGGUCUGUUCUAUGCUGCGAAGGCUAGUUUGUUGUUUCUGGCUGGCUUUUGGCCAAUUUUUUUUCUGUAAUGUAGAGUUUUCCAAGCUAUUUCAAUUAGUUUGUGCUAUGCUUUUCUUUUUUACAAAUCUUUGUGGUAAGGAUUUUGAGAAUUCAGAAUGGUCAUGUAUUAUGAAUUGUUAUUUGAAUACACUUUUUCAAUUAUUGUUUUAUUCACCACUUUGAGGUGGCGAAUAACAUUAUAGUGCCACAAAUAUAUAAUUAAUAUAAUGAUUUAAAGGAAAGGUUUAUGAUGUGAUAUGCACCAGAAGAAAAUUUAUUAAUUGUUACAGUGUUCUAGUGUUAUUGUAUGGGACAUGUAAGUAUAUACAUGUGAUUCCAUAUAAUGACUUUCUAUUUACUCUCUAGGUAUAUUGGAAAUGUCCUGUGGAAAUAUUCAGAUUGUACUGGAGAAUUCCUAGGGUAGUUUUAGGCAGCUCAGCUCCCUAGUUACUCAACAUCAGGCCCUGGGACUUUCCUCCAGACACGAGUCUCAGAAACGUUGUGUUAAGUUUCUUGUUGCAACAGGAAGGCAUUUCUAGGGCUUUCUGCAGAUUAUGACAUCAUGGGUCAGGUGAUGAGAAGCGAAUAUGUGGGAGAAUCGAGGAAAAAAGCUUCAUUUUCUGGCCCUGUGCCCGUUAUAACAGUGUGAGUGUCUCUAAGGGACCGUCUGAAUGUUUAUGUCUGUUUUUUAAAGGGAAAACAAACGCUUGCUUUGUGCGAUCAGUCCUAUAGUUUUGGAGAAAACAAAGGGAAGGAAGCUAAGGGAGUGGGAGGGGAAACAUUCAAAAAGCUAUCAUUGUAUGAAGACUGUAAGCUGUGAUGUGCUUAUCUUUAGCCUCGUGGCAGGUCUGGUCUAGUGUCAGUGUAAGUCUCCAAUGCAGUAUUUAAAGAAAAACCGUCCAUUUGUCUCUUCCGUGCAAAUAUUUACGAUAAAUGACAUCAACACACACUUGUUUCCUGUGUUCUGUGUGUUCUGUUUUCUUUUAAGGUACAAUAAGUAGGCCUAUGUUUUUUUUCUCUCUCUCGGUAUUGUAGCUUAAGUGUCCAGAUACACAAAUGUAUGAAGUAUGAAAUACGACUGUCCAGCUCCUUGUGCUGGAACUAUUUCUUGUUUUCCCAUUAAGUCUAAGAUGACAGAUUUAUGUCUGAUGUCAAAAUGAAUACUUCCUGUAAAUCUGAUGUUUCCGUUUGGAGAUGAGCAAGAUAAGUAUGCAUAGUUUUGUGAUGGCUGAAAUAUGAGAGAGAUAUGUUGGUAGUGUGAUGCACACACACUGUGAUCAACAUGCAGAUUUAUGCUAAUAGGUAUAUAGUUUUCUGUGUAACCUUUUUGUCACUGCAACAUAUUAUAUAUUAUUCAAAUCUGGAGAGAGAGAAGGUUAUUGCUAUCUUGGCCCUGUCGCUGCCCACAUUAUACUAUACAGCAUGAGAUAAGGGAAUAUUAGCUCAUUAUGGUAAUUUUCUUAUAAAUGUAUGUAUGUGGUG